GCCCCACAGGCCUUUUAACUUUAAACUAGCUUCAAGCCCAAGGUUCAAAAUCUGUCUGCAGGAGCUAGUUACUGAUUAGUCAUUUGAGUGCUUUCUUCCCGAUGAAGUUCAAUCUGUCUGUCCUCUUGUUUCUUGGUUAAUUAGGCAGGAGGAGCUAAAAAAGAAGUCUGGAAGCUCUGAGAGCGUCAUAGUUUCAUGAGCAACCCGCAAAGCACAGAGAUUCUCUCAUCUUCAAGCAGGAGAAAGGGCAAGGCUUUGGUCUUGCCAAGAACCAGUGAGAAGCGCCAAGGCCAUGGCGCUGUCCUCCAAGAAGCAUCACAGAGAAGAGUCUCUUCUGGAGUUAGAGAGAAAGGCCUGGCAGGAUGCUGGACUUGUCCUGUCCACUACUAGCAAUGAAGCCUGUAAACUAUUUGAUGCUGCGCUGACCCAGUACGCAACCUGGACCAAUAAUGAGAGCUUCGGGGGUAUCGAGGGGUGUCUUUCAAAGUUAAAAGCAGCAGAUCCAAAUUUUACAAUGGGACAUGUCAUUGCUAAUGGUUUGGAGCUGAUUGGCACUGGAAAUUCAGUGAGACUCAACAAAGAGCUGGACAGCGCGAUGAGAACGAUGAUGAUGCUUUCAAAAACACAGCCACUGACUGAGCGGGAGAAGCUCCAUGUGUCAGCGCUGGACAUGUUUGCCAGUGGCCAGCUUCCAAAAGCUUGUGAUCUAUGGGAACAGAUUCUGCAGAGCCACCCAACUGACCUGCUAGCCCUCAAAUUUUCCCAGGACACUUACUUCUACCUGGGAUAUCACAUACAGAUGCGAGAUUCUGUUGCCCGGGUUUAUCCUUUCUGGACACCUGAUCUUCCACUAAGCAGCUACGUGAAGGGCUACUACUCUUUUGGACUUCUGGAAACAAACCUUUUUGAUCGUGCUGAGGAGCUUGCCCGUGAGGCUUUGGCUAUAAAUCGGACAGAUGCGUGGUCUGUUCAUACUAUAGCUCAUGUAAAUGAAAUGAAAGCAGAGGUGAAGAAAGGGUUAGAAUUUAUGAAGGAAACGGAAACCAACUGGAAGAACAGUGAUAUGCUUGCUUGCCAUAAUUACUGGCACUGGGCUUUAUACUUCAUUGAAAAGGGUGAAUAUGAGGCUGCUUUGACAAUUUAUGACAAUCAUAUUGCUCCGCGGUGUCUGUCAAGUGGAAGCAUGCUGGAUGUAGUAGAUAACUGUUCGAUGCUGUACAGGCUUCAUCUGGAAGGUGUAAAGCUUGGAGACAGGUGGAACAAUGUUCUCGAGAUUACAAAGCAGCACACCAAGGAUCACAUUCUUCUGUUCAAUGAUGUGCACAUCUUGAUGUGCUCACUUGGAGCCAAAGACCGCAAAACUACUGAUGAGCUUUUAACAACUCUUCAGGAACUUGCCAAAGCACCCUGUGAAGACCAUGAGCUUUCUCUGGCUCCUAGUUUGGGGUUGCCACUGUGCCAGGCUUUUGUAGAGUUUGAAAAUGGAAAUUGCGACAAAGCUGUAGACCUGCUGUACCCAAUCCGUUAUCAACUGAUCCAACUAGGAGGCAGUAAUGCUCAGAGAGAUGUUUUCAGCCAGUUAUUGAUUCAUGCUGCUUUAAACUCUAAAUCACAAGCCAAACAAAACCUUGCAAGGUGCCUCCUGAGAGAACGUGAUCUGAUAAGACCAAAUUCACCAAUGACGGAGCGUCUUAUUAGGAAGGCAGCAGCCGUUCAUUCAGUGGCAUAAGUCUUUCAUCUGUGCUUCAGCUGAAAUAGCAAUAAGCUUACCAAUCAAAGUCUGGGUGCAGGGAGUAGAGGGGCGCUACGCUGUAAACCAUUCUCAGUAGGUAAGAGUACCCCUAUGAGUCAGAGGUGUGACAAUGAUUUACUUAAAAAAAAAAAAAA